UGGAGAGUCAAACAGUAAGUGAACCAGUCAGCUAGUCAAGCUGUGGCUGUGAGAAAAGUCCAGCCAAGAGGGCAGGCGUUCUCCAAUCCUGAUGAUUUCCAGAUGAGAGCCCAGACGAGCCAGCCUGAGUAAAGAACACACACACUAAAAAAAAGGGAGAAAGAGGAUGGAUGGAGGGAGGUGGCAACAGAAGGAAUAAAUGCAGUGAAUAAAGGAAUGAGCCUGCAUAUAAGCAGUCGGAGUAUUUUCAUCCACCAUUGUGAUGUUUAUCCCCUGAGAGAGACAGAGCGAGAGGGGGAAAAGAGUGUGCGUUCAGUUGUGUGUGUGUGUACGAGUGUGUGUGUGAGAGUGUGUGUGAGAGUGUGUGUAGAUCUGUUAGUGAGGAUCAACAUGACACAGUGGUGGGCUCUGCUGUUCAUUGUUUACCAGUCCAUUUACCUGACAGCCACUCAGCAUCACAGGAAAGCUCUGUAUCCAUCUGCAUACAGGAUAAAGCGUGAGGCAUAUUCGCUGAUCAACCCCACCUUCCAGCGUUCGUCAGAGGAUGUCAAUCUGCUUUUUGAGAUCCUGCUUGCUGGAAUGGAGAUCCAAGGUGGGGAAAUGCUGAUCCCCGAUGAGGAGCUUGCCUCCCUGAGGAGCGUGGAGAAGCUGGAGGUCAUCUGUGAGGACAUCCUGCCCAAGAGGCUUUCCGACAUUCGCCGUCUGAUAGCGGAGCUCUUCCAGCGCCGGCGGCCUCUGAGCUGGCAGGACUUUGAGAGGACGGUGCUGACCCUGGUGUACACCACUCAGACGAUGGCUCGAGUCAGCAGUCCGCAGCAGAAGGAGGCGUGGAUGGACGCUGUGAUACAGCUGUUCAAAGCCGUUCAAAAGGACCUCACACCCUCUUAAAGAUCUCUUUCUCAGCAUGUCAGCAUUCAUUCAAUGCCCAAGCAUCUAGCGCUGACUCGGGAGGACUGAUUGAUGAGUAAGUGAAGACUGUGUGGAAUUUCUUUCUAAGAUCAGCCUUCACUCCCUGCACCGCUCUAACGAAGAUGAUGAGUUUUGGGAUGUUUCUGAGCACUACUUGACAGAGCGUAAAGAAGCCAGGGUAUUGAAGAAAACAGCAGAGCUCGGGCUCUUGUUCCCAGCACUGACUCUUGACAGUUUCAUUAAGGCAUUUCAACAUUUACAGCAUCUUUGCUCCAUGUGUUAUAUGACAAUUAACAGAGCUUCAUUGUUUUGAAUUGCAUUGCUUCUGGCAAAAAGUACACCUUAAUUG